GUUUUGAGUGAUGAGAAUUGAAUUUUGAGAACUGAGCUUAUCAUUGCCCAUUACCCAACUCAAAAACAAAGCACUCUUUCUUGCUUUCUCUCCAUCCUCCCCAUCUCCAAAAGCACCUCACCCGCCCUUUCGUUUCCAUCAAAUAAACUCACAAUGGCACAAAAAAUUGCAAAAAAAAUGGAUCCAAAUACACUGGAAUUAAAAUUAUCACCACCGAUGUCAAAAAAAUUAUCACCACCGACAAUCCACCAAAUCCAAGAUCCUCGGCCUCCUCCUCUCCCAUCAAAUGAACACAAUUGCAGAAAAACAGAAUCCAAAUCCACUGGGAUUAAGAUUAUUACCACCGAAACUCAACCAAAUCCGAGGUCCUAGGCCUCCUCCUCUCAGAGUCAGUAAAAUCUCCCACAAGAUCAAAAAGGCUCCACCAAAUCCAUCUAUUCAUAUUCAGCAAAAAAAAAAUUCAUCUAUUUAUGCUAACCAACCCACAAUCAUCUAUUCAUGCUCACCCAGGACCAUCCAUGCACGCUCAGCCAGUGACUUCAUGUCCAUAGUCCAACGCCUCACAGACUCUUCAUUAGCAUCAUAUUCCGGCGCCGGAGAUCCCUUACCAGUGGCGGGGCUGGCCUCUAUGGUAAAGACUAGCCCAUCAAAAAGAGAUAGAAACAGUGCCAACAGUAGUACUAACACAACUACUGCUAUGUUGGAAGAAGAAAAAGUAGUACUUGAAAUAUUACGUCAGGCAAGUACUCACCCGGGGAAAUUCUCGCCGGCGACGUCGGCUUUGCCGCCGAUCCCAGAUGGGUUUUUUUCGCCAGCGGCGAGGCUGGCCGCUAUAGUAAAGGCCAGCCCAUCAAAAAAAGACAGAGACAGACCCAGCAGUACUAAUUACACAACUACUGCUAUGUUGGAAGAAGAAAUAGAAGUAGCAGAAAUAUUAAGUCAGGCAAGUAAUCAUCCGGGGAUAUUAUCGCCAUCGCCGUCGACUUUGCCGCCGAUCCCAGACGUGUUUUCCUUGGCGGUGAUAGAGCCGCAGAGUUAUUUGCUGAAGCAUGAGCUGAGCCCAAUUUGUUACAACGCGUUCAUGGCCAGUCCUUCUAGUUUGUUCUCAGCUCCUUUGAUCUCUCCAUCUCCUUCUAGCAUGGACCUCUUCAACCAUUUCUAUGAUUUGAAUGCCAAAACCGAGAUCUCCAAGGAGCUCUUAAAAAACGGCGACGACCCUGCGGAACAACAACCAAGUAGAAGCUUGUUUCCAGAAGAAAAAAGUGAAAAACAAAUAGUGUCAGAGCCUCAUGGAAUGAUGUUUGAUGUCGAAGAAGUUAAGAUGAAUGAUUCAGGUGAACAAAACAGAUCUGAAAUUGAAGAAAUUGGGAAUGUUGCUUCACAUACAAGACAACCAGAGGUUAUACAGGUUGAGGAAAUGCAACCGCAAGCAUUGAGUACUUUGAAACUUCAAGGAGUGGUGUUUGAUGUUGAAGCAGUUAAGAUCCUUAAACCUAGUGAGCAGAUGGAAUUUCAGAUUGAAGACGAUGAUAUGGAACCUGAAGCAAGUGAGCAACAUGGAUUAUUUAUCACGCAGGGUUCUGAAAAAAGUGAAAAACAAAUAGUGUCAGAGCCUCGUGGUAUGGUGUUUGAUGUCGAAACAGUUAAGAGAACCGAUUCAGCUGAACGAAACAAAUCUGAAAUUGAAGAAAUUGGGAAUGUCGCUUCACAUACAAGACAACCAGAGGUUAUACAGGUUGAGGAAAUGCAACCGCAAGUAUUAAGUACUCUGAAACCUCAAGGAGUGGUGUUUGAUGAUGAAGCCGUUAAGAUCCUUAAACCUAGUGGGCAGAUGGAAUUUCAGAUUGAAGACAAUGAUGUGGAACCUGAAGCAAGUGAGCAACAUGGAUUAUUUAUCACGCAGGGUGGUUUAGUAUUUACUAAGCCAACAAAGGAUGAGGAUUGGAAGCACGCCAAAGAGAUUUACUUGAUGGACAAUGACUUGUCUGUUUUGCCUGAAAAUCCAAGGUGCCUCAAUCUGUCAGCUUUGUUCCUUCCUAGAAACUACAAAUUGAGAGUGAUUCCUCCAUCAUUUUUUGAUUACAUGCCAACCCUUCAAAUCCUAAACUUAUCCAGGACCGGUAUCAAGUCUUUGCCUGAUUCCCUUUUCCAAUUGGUAAGCCUCGAAAGACUUUUUCUAAAUGAUUGCCAUCGUCUUAUGAUGUUGUCUCCAAAAGUUGGAGAUCUUGAGAAGCUUGAGGUUCUUGAUCUUGAAGGGGCAAAGAUUAUAAAUUUACCUAAGGAGAUUAAGAAAUUAACUAAUCUGAUAUGCUUGGAAGUUUCAUUUUAUGGAUAUACGGGUAAUGGUAGGAGAUCUAUGCAAUCAAAUGCAGUGGUUCCUUGUGGGGUAAUUUGUUCAUUGUCUCAGUUGGAGGAGUUGAAUAUUGAUGUGAAUCCAGAUGAUGAGCGGUGGGAUACACGUGUGGAAGAUAUUGUUAGUAUGUAACUUAAAGAGGUUAGAA